AAUGAAGAUGCUUGAAGGAUUAAUUGAGAGGUUUCCGGGAAGGGAGACGCAAAUUGAGAUGCUUCACAAUCUUCUCGGUGAUGAUGCAGCUGCGGAUGCAAUCUUCGUGCACGGUGGACCGAGCGUCGGAAAAACCAGCAUCGUCAAAGCUUUUCUUGAGGAAAAGAAAUUUAAGCACGCCGUAGCCAAUCUCAUUGAAUGCUACAGCACGAAAAUCCUUUUGGAGACCAUCCUCAACGAGCUCACCUCUCACAGGAUCGAUCCGACGGACCCCCAGCCCGUUGCCAAAUGCGAUAACCUGAUGGACUUCUUGAACAAUCUCUCCAACUUUCAGUUGAAACGAGCGGUGAUCGUCUUGGAUAAAGCCGAGCAGCUGAGAAACAUGGACUUCAAUCUUCUGCCGAGCUUCCUGAGGCUGCGCGAGCUCAGCGGCAUUCCGAGCAUAUCGGUUAUCCUGAUCUCGGAGAUAGCCUUCCAAAAAUUCAACAUCAAAGGCAACGUCGUCGAUCCUGUUAAGCUGCCGUUCCCGCAGUACAGCAAGGAGGAGAUCAUCGCGAUCCUCGCGAUGGACUUCGACGGCUGCUCGAAGCUUUUACAAGAGCACUACGACGAUGCGCUCGAAGUGGACGUUAACUUUUACUUAAACUAUCUGAACGUCUUCCUCUCGACGUUCUAUCGCGCCUGCAGGGAUCUGUGCGAGCUUCGGUACAUGGCGCGCAUUAAUUUCGUCAAGUACUGCGAACCGAUUCACAGGAAGGACUGCAGCGCCGCUGAUUCCAUGGCCCUUUGGCGACACAUCGCGCCAACGCUGAAAUCCUCGCUGGAAGUCCUGUACUUGAGGUUCUCCGGGCAGAGCGGAGCGCUCGGAGCGCAGGCACUCGAGCUGCCGUUCUACGCCAAGUACUUGCUAAUUGCCGCUUAUCUGGCGAGCUACAAUCCGGCGAAGGAUGAUAAAAGGCUGUUCAUGAAGCACCACGGCAAGAAGACGAAGACCAUGAAGGACGUGAAGGCCAAGAGCAAAGUGUCCGAGCAGUUGAGCACGCAACUGGGACCGAAACCUUUCAGCUUUGAUAGAUUGCUCGCUAUUUUCUACGCCAUCCUCGACGAUAAGGUCGGAUUUAAUAACAAUUUGCUCGUGCAAGUCUCCAGUCUGGUCGAGCUGCAGCUGCUAACAUCACUCUCCGACAAUUACAAUCUCGACGGUCAGAAGUACAAAUGCACCGUCAACUUUGAGUUCAUACAGACCAUCUCCAAAAUGGUCGGCUUCAACAUCAGGAAAUAUCUCUCAGACUUCAGUCACAUCUAAAUCACACAUCAACUCAUCCACAUUCUCUCAUUAUGUAUUAUCUCUCUCAA